CCCGGACUCCCCUUCUUUCUGCUCCUCCGUUGUCACCGCCUGGCAGCGGCGUGAGGAGUGGCCGGCCGGCCGGCUGGGAGGCGAGGCUGACACCCUCUCCGCGCGGCUGGCCGCUGAGGGACGAGGCCCCGAUUCCCAUCUCUACUAUAAUUGAACAUUCCUAAAUUUGGAUGUUUUAAAUGGUCUGAUAAGAGCUUUGAAUAAUUUGACUUUUUGAAGGCCUCCAUAUUUUUUUCUGAGAAUUUGGAACAGGAUUUGGAUUCUACUUGUGUACCACCUGAAGUUAUAAUGCCAUCCUUGCCUAAUGAAGGAGAUAAUCAAGGAACCUCUCGCCUGACUUUGAGUUCAGAACUGCCUUAUCAAAGCACAAUUAAAAGAAAAGUCAGAAAGAAGAGAAAGAAUGGAGUCGUCACUGCAAAUGUUGCUGGCACAAAAUAUGAAAUUGUUCGCUUAGUAAUAGAUGAGAUGGGCUUUGUGAAGACGCGAGAUGAAGAUGAAACAGCUAAUCUUAUAUGGAGUGAUUCUGCUGUGCAGCAGGAGAAGAUUGCUGAGCUCAGAAACUAUCAGAGAAUCAACCACUUUCCAGGAAUGGGAGAGAUCUGUAGGAAGGAUUUCUUAGCAAGAAACAUGACCAAAAUGAUCAAGUGUCAGCCUCAGGAAUACAGUUUUAUUCCUCGAACAUGGAUCUUUCCUGCAGAAUAUACACAGUUUCAAAACUAUGUAAAGGAGCUGAAGAAGAAACGCAGACAGAAAACUUUCAUAAUCAAACCAGCUAAUGGUGCAAUGGGGCAUGGAAUCUCUCUGAUAAGAAAUGGGGAAAAAAUACAAGCUCAGGACCACUUGAUUGUCCAGGAAUACCUUGACAAACCCUUUCUUAUGGAAGGUUACAAGUUUGAUUUACGAGUGUACAUUCUGGUAACCUCCUGCGAUCCAUUAAAAAUAUUUUUAUAUCAUGAUGGACUUGUGAGAAUGGGCACAGAGAAAUACCAUCCACCCAGUGACUCAAAUUUGAGCCAACUGUAUAUGCAUCUGACCAACUACUCUGUGAAUAAACAUAAUGAGCACUUUGAACGAGAUGAAACAGAAGAUAAAGGCAGCAAACGGUCCAUAAAAUGGUUUACUGAGUUUUUAGAAACAAAUCAUCUUGAUGUUUCCAAAUUCUGGAGUGAUAUUUCAGAACUAGUGGUGAAGACUCUCAUAGUAGCUGAACCACAUGUCCUUCAUGCUUACCGCAUGUGCAGACCAGGGCAAGCUCCAGGAAGUGACAGUGUCUGCUUUGAAGUCUUGGGAUUUGAUAUUUUGCUGGACAGAAAAUUAAAACCAUGGCUCCUGGAGAUUAAUCGAGCUCCAAGCUUUGGAACAGACCAAAAAAUAGACUAUGAUGUGAAAAAAGGAGUCCUGCUAAAUGCAUUAAAGCUUCUCAACAUACGGCCAAGUGAUAAAAGAAGAAAUUUAGCUCAACAGAAAGCUGAGGCUCAAAAGAGACUUUAUGGUCAAGGCUCAAUGAAAAGACUAUCACCAGGUUCCUCUGAUUGGGAAAAACAGCGGCACACACUGGAAAGGAGAAAAGAAGAGUUGAAAGAGAGACUUGCACAAGUACGUAAACAGAUUUCCAAAGAAGAGCAUGAAAAUAGACACAUGGGGAACUACAGGCGAAUUUACCCUCCUGAUGAUAAGCUGUUACUUGAAAAAUAUGAGAGUUUGUUAGCCGUUGCUUUCCAGACAUUCUUAGCUGGGCGAGCGGCUUCACUUCAGCGAGAGAUGAAUAACCCUUUAAAAAGAAUGAAGGAAGAAGACAUUUUGGAUCUUCUGGAGCAAUGUGAACUGGAUGAUGAAAAACUCAUGGGAAAAUCCAGCAGGCAACGAGGACCCAAGCCCCUAUGUUCUAUGCCAGAAAGUGCACAAACCAUAAAAAAACACAAGAAUUAUAGCAGUGAAAGUAGCUGUGACAGCAGUAGCAACAUGUCGGAAUGGGAAGAAGAAACUGAAAAGGAAUAUCACAAUGAGAAAAAAGAAAAGAAAGUGACCUAUGAUCUUGAAGAAAAUAAGUAUAAACCCUUAGAACGAUCUGGUAGGAUACACUGGAAGCUUUCCAAUAAAAAUAUGAAAAGUCUAUCAUAUUCAGCCUCCACAUCCUCCAGAAGUCCUAUGAGGCGUUCAGUAAGCUGUCCCCGUUCAAUCUCAAUUGUAACUAUGCAGUCGCAAACUGAGCAACGUCCCUAUUCAGCCAAACCAGCAAUACACAUGCAGCGUCCAUCUUCUGGGAACAGGUCCCAUUCUUUAAAUCGGAGCUCCUCUUCAGUCCAAAUGGUUCAUCCAGCUAACCUGGCCACUAUGCACUCUUCAGGGAGUGAGUCUUUACUACAAGAGAAAACAAAAGAGCAAGAAGAGGCACUGACAAGAGAGACUCUGUUAAUUUUCAAUGACAUGAGACUAAAGUUCCUUGGAAAAACAGAAGAAGAGGCAGAAUUAAUCAUAGAAAAUAUCAUGGAUAACUGGAAGUACCAUAAAACAAAAGUGGCAUCUUAUUGGUUGGUAAAACUGGACGCAGUAAAGCAGCGAAAGGUUUUGGACAUAGUCAGGACAAGCGUUCGCACUGUUCUACAACGUGUCUGGAGGGUUUCGGACAUUGAAAGUUUACAGUUAUACCGUAUUUUUAACCGUGUGUUCAGUCGCUUGCUCUGGAGCCAUGGCCAAGGCCUAUGGAACUGUUUCUGUAAUUCAGGGAGCUCUUGGGAAACCAUAUUCAGUAGAAGCACAGAGGUGGUGACUCCUGAGCAACUCCAGUGUUGUCAACGAAUAGUGCAGCUUUGUAAACACUGCCUGCUAGUGGUGUACAAGUAUUCAACAGAUUCAAGAGGAUCUGUGACUGGAUUUAUCCCCAGUUGGGAUGAUACCAGGUAUUUACUGCCAGGACCUUCACAGUUCAUCAUGAAAGCGCCAUCCUCCAACUUUAGCUGCAGUUCAUCUGGAAUGUCUCGCUCUAACGUUCUGUUUACACCCAGAUAUAACCACUUGUGAAAUGAAGAGAAAGUUGCCAUGCUUUUACUGGCAUUCCAUUUUUUUGCCAAUAUAAAUUUGUGAUGGUGCUAAACAUAAGCACUCAUAUAUUUACUAUAGUAUAUAAGACAACAGUUAGCUGAAAACCUACUGUUAAAGCUUAACCUUUCUGGAAAUGUAAUAAACCUUAUUAAGUUGUUUACACAAAUAUGUGAAUGUCUAGAUCUUGCUAGGUUUAUAAGUAACUCCUUCCUACUAGAAAUGUUAUUUUUGCUGCAGAAUAUAUAAAAUGAAAUUGAUCUUGGAGAUCCUAUUACAGUGUUAGAUUAUUUUAUAGGUAUAGUAUCUUUGGACUUAAAAUAUUAUUUAUUGUAAAGACUACUGUUUAUUCUCUCAUUGACACAUUAAUCCUUCAUCAAGAUAGACUAUAAAAAGCCUGCUGUAGAACAGUAAAACAGAUGAAGCCAGUAAAUAUAAAUAGUCUGAUAAUUUCUGUAGUACAUUUAAAAAAAACUGUAAAAAAUGGUUCAAGUAUGCAAACAUCUUUUUAUUUCCCUAUAAAAUUCACAAUUUCAGUAAUGAUGAUGCUUUGCAGGAAGGACAUGGUAAAGUAUCUUUUAGCCUAAGUGAAGACAAUCCAGCGUGCACACAUUUAAAAAUAUCAACUGUGGCAUAUAGCAUCUAGUUGGAUCCUUGUAAUAAAUCAGAGAGCAAUGGUGGUUAUCAGAUACUCCUUCAUGCUAUUUGUGUCUUGUGUCUUUCAGUUUCAUUUGAGACCAAGCAAUCAUCUCCAACUCAUAAAAGAGCUGUGCAUAUAUCUGCUACGCAAGUGAUAAAGCAGAUAUGUUUUCAGAAGCACUGCAGUGCCAUCUAAACCUUCCAAGUAUUUUGGUUUCCUUUUAUUUUUUUUGAGAGUUCCACUAUAUAUUGUAGAGCAUGUCCUCUAACAGAUAGUACUUUCUAGGCAUAUUGAAACCGUAAGAAAAUAGCUGGAGAUGUCAUAAAUUAGAUUUCUGUUGUUCAGAGUCAGCAUUCCAGGCCUAGCUGUAUGAAACAAUAAGAGCCUGAUGUAGUUAUAAGUGAGAUCCUGAAAGUACAAUUGAUCAGAGUUUCUUGAUAUCCAUGUUUGUCCCUUUUUGCAACACCUUAUUUGGGCCCAAUCUAUAGAUAGAUAUAUUCAGGUAGCAUAUACCAUAUAUGUGGUAGAUAAUGAAUUAACCCAGUUUAUAUUCAUUAACUACCAGAUCAGUUCCUGUUACCAGCCAAAUGUCUUUUCACUUGUUGAUGAACAUGACCAUAUAUAUUUUUCCCCCUAGUUCUCAAUAUUUUUAUUUUUAAUAAAAAGGUGGAGUCCAUCCCUCAGAUGUCAGAGGGUACAGGCCUUUCUCUGAGAUAAUUUUUUUAAACUUUGUGCAUUGCCUACCAAAUAGGGAAUUUUGGUAUCUUUGCUUUUGUCUGCCCAAGCUAUAUAGCUGCAAGAUGACUAUUCCCUAGAUAUGUUUGAAAAAAAUGUACUGUGCUUUUAAAGUUUGACUGCAGUGUUGAUCACAUGUAGACAGUUUUGCUAGUCUGGCAGAAUCCUUUCCCCUCCCAUGUUAAUACUGGUUUAGUCAUACAUGAUCUCAUCAGUUCACUUGAUGUAUCUCCUUGUACUAUACAAUGAUGACUGCUGAUAAGUCAAUUACAUAUGAUUACCUGUAAGACCUAAUAAAAUCCUUCCCUUCUGGAAGUGCAGUGGUCUCUGCAAUAUACUGCUUUUGGUCAUGUGGGAAAGAUAGCUUCUAACUUUGGACUGUUGCCACAGGUUGGAGCUGUUUUUGAAUCAGUAUGCUCAAGAGCCAAGGUGGAGACCAUGGCAGUCUCUUUAGCUUACUCUGCCAGCAGUAGGGCAUUAAGUAUGGCUGUACAGUGUUGGAUAGACACAAAAUCUCCGUUAUCUGGCAUGAGUGCGGAAUGCCAGGUGCCAGUAAUGUAAAAAUGCUGGUUAUCUAAAAAUACCAGAGCCAGAGGGGGGAGGCUUGCGUGCAGCGGUGGUGACGGCGCAGGGUGGUGGAUGGUGGUAGCGCAGAGGGGUUGCACACAGCUUGCAUGCAGCAGCAGCAUGGGGCAGUGGAAGGUGGUGGCAGUGGUUGCACGUGGUGGCACGGAGUGGUGGGUGGGGGCGGCACAGUGCUGGUUAAUAGAGUAUGCCGGCUAGUAGAAUGCCAGAAAACUGGAAUUUUACUGUACAUAAAAAUAUCCUGGAUACAUUGAAGAUGUAUCUACUGAUUUGUUUAAAGUUUUCAAAAUCUGGUUUAGUUUCUAGCUGAUUGUGGUUUCAUUUGUUCAUGUUUCUGAUGAGCUGUGUUGGCACACUUAUAGGUAUUUUAAUAAUUAUUAAACUAGUGUGGCAGAUAAAUAAUUCUAAAUACCUUUCACCUCUUCAGAAGGUAUAGAUAUGCCUACAUGGCACUGUACCUAAAACGGUAAUAGGCAACAGUUAAAAACCUGGCUCCAUAUGGUAGCAUAACUAGGACCCAUACACUCCUUAAUGAAAUGCUCCCCACCCUCUGACAGGACCUAACAUGUAUUUCCAAACUGUACUACAGUCUUGAACGUGAACUGAGGGGUGAAAGCCAUUGUUGUAUUGUAGAUGGACCUCAUAUGUAGAACAAUUGAUUGAAUUAAGGCUAGUUACUUAUACGUUACAACAUAUACAACAUUCCAAGUGAUAAGUGAGAUAGGAAAGCAAAUUUCUCUAGUCGUAGUAUACAACGUGUGUGUUUUUAGAUUAACACAGUAUUUCUAAGGCUGUGGGAUGCCUCCCCCCACUGCCAUCCCAUCUCUGUGGAGGUUUGAGAACAAGGGCACUGAAGGCAGCUGUAACUGCAUGAGCCUGGAUCUAUCCUGACCCCACAGGGCAUCUCUGAGAGGAUACUAACAGCUGCCCCAAUACAGAGACUGCUCUAUCUUCCUUCUUUUAAGGUAAAGCUAUUAAUUUGACUCAGUCCAAUUGCAUAAGGAGAAGAGGCAGUAAUCAUUAUAAACUGUGAAUCUUAUUUUUGCAAAGUCCUGUUUGCAGCCACGUAUCCUGAAAAGUGAGGGAGAGAUUAUUAUCCUGCUUUUAAAUCUUGAGUAAAAGCUAGUACCUAGAUAAAAUUUGACUUUUUACAUGAAAUUUGGGUUUAGCAUUAAAGAAUGAUUUUAUUGUUAGAGCAUAUUGGAAACUUGCCUCGGGUCCUUUAAGGUAGGGAGAAGCUGACGGUGACCAGUUCGGGGCUGACUGUGGAGGCCUCCCAGGCAAGUUUCCAGACUUCAGGAUGGUGUUUCCACCACUUACAUAGUUGGUGUUCUUCACAGAUGUUUGCUUGUGCUUUUAUACAGAGCUGCAGCUUACCUGGUAACAAAAGCUUUUUUUUUAACUAUAGCUGCAGCAGCAUUGUGCAGUACGUGGGUUAGGAGGUGGUGGGAUUUCUGUCUCUUCUGGCAUCACAAAAGAUGCCUGUGUCAGGGCUGCAGUGAUCUGCCCUCCCUUUGAAAAUAAAAGUAAUGGCCAGAAAACUGAUAACAAAUCAGCACACUGAAUGGAUUUUUAGUUUGGUAGGAGAGCAGAUGUUUUAAAAGAGCCUGAAAUAGUGUCGGUCUAUUCACAUUUAGGUGUAUAGAUGCGUGUAUAUGCUGCCUCCUUAACCGAAGGCACUCGCAGCUCUCAGGUGACUGGAGCUCAGGUGCUUGGGGGCAGACUCUCCACAUGCAGUCCAUUCUCACUGUGGUCAAACAUAGUCACUUGUGCACCCUAGGCUUCGCUGAAGGACUUUUUCUGAAAAGAUCUGUCAAAUAUUGGAACUAAUCUGGAAACUGGGUUCCACUUUCUUCUACUGAGUUGUCAUACUGCGCUAGUGUAAAAAAUUAUUUCACUCUAAGGCAAGACGGACACCUGUAGGGCUACAAUUCAGAAAGACCAAUUGCACAAACUUAAAAAGAUUUCUCACUUUAUUUGUGGUGAGAAGCAAUUCUUACCCUGUGAACAUUUAGCCUGAUGGCACCUGCUCUUGCAGCCUUUACAGGGGAAAAAUUUCCACUGAAGUCUGUGGGAGUUUUGUUUUGCUCAGAUUGCAAAAUUGGCUUCCUGACUGAAAAAGGGUGCUGUUUUCCUUCACAGAAAGCUGCUGGUACAGAUCUGUUAUUCAUUUGAGUGUUCUAAAUAACGCACUAUGUGAUGCAUGCCCAGUAAUAUUUUUCCUCUUACAAGAAAGUACAUACAAAACUGCUUCUAUAAUUCUUGGUAACAAGCUUAGGAGGCCAAAUGCAAAGGCAGAAGAUACUAUUUUUAAAUUACUACUUUGUCUAGGUAAUGUUAAAAAAGAAACAUCACUCACUGCACCUAAUAAUGAUACCCACUUGGUGGACUUUGGCCUUAGGGAUAAUGUUCUGUCUGGAAAGGAAUUUCUUGUCUUCAUUAUAGGAAAAUUAUAGUCUCUACUAUGGCAGUUACUUUUCUGUCUAGGAAAAUCUACUGCUGGAAUCUGAUGAAUGAGUUUAUCUGAAUGAUUUCUUAGUUGGGCUAGGACUGGGAUAAGUUCCUUUUUAAACAGCAAGGUCUAUAUUGAAUGUACAUUUUAUGUUUCUAUCUUUUAUAUCUAAAGACUGAAAUAUUGGCACUUAGAUACCAUUUAAUGUUGGUGUUAGCAAAUAUUCACCUUUGCUACUGCAUUUUGCAUGAAGUAUUGAGAAUUUAUUCCCGUUUUCAGAUAAAGUUCAUUUCUGGAUAAGAGCUGUAUUCGUGGGAAUAUUUUUCACUUUCACAUUUGCUAAUAUUUUUAUUGUAGCUGUUCUAUGAGAAUAUUUUCACGCCUGAAUUGCUUUACACCAAAGUUCUUGUUUGUGAGCCAACCUUUUUGGCAGGAGUGCCAUAAAUUAGCCUUGUAGACUUUUUGAGUGCUAUUUGAAUCCCCUUCCCCUGCCCAAUCUACUACACUUUCUGCUCCCUGCCCUGUGCUCCCUACAUGCUCUGUUUCUCUGUUUUCUGCUCCCUGCCCUAUCUGCUACCGUGCUGCCUAUCCCAUGACACUUGUGCCACUACUGCUGCAGGUUGGCCCUCCUGGUGUAGGAGUCACUCUGUAUCUAGUCUUUCUACCAUUUAACUCCACUGUAAGCUCCCAAAAUAAGGCUUUUAUUGAGACCUAACAGGAGCAUAUGCUGAACUUUGGCCUCAGCUCAGGGUUGAAUUUCACUAUAGUUAAAUAUAAGCAGGUGAUUACAGGUGAAUGUCCCUGAAACUUGAAGAGUUUGGCCAGAUGCUGUAAUUAAAUACCUAUCAUGGUAAGUGAUGCCAUUGGGAGAUGCAGGUAUUCAUCAACCCUAGGAAGGAGUGUAUUGAAAUCAGUAUUGCUUUCACUGUUUCCUUCACCGAAGGGCAGGACCAGGCUCUACUUGUGAGGUGGUGUAACUGGUGCUUCUUCAUGCACUGCUCUUACAUGUAGAGCAAAAAGGCGAUGUUCUCUGAAGAUAAUUUUUAAAUCAUUGCUAAUGUUUGUAUUAAUUUUUAAUGAAAGGGUUUGACAGAGUGGUAUCAGGGCUUAUCUAAUACCUGCUCACAUAGUUACAGUCCCUAUAGAGCAGCCCGGGCUCGUAUUCCUGGCUCACAAAGGGUACAUUCCACUGAGCAAGAGAGCGCCACCCUUCAGACUCCAGGUUCUUUAGAGCAAGGACUGUCCUUUACUCUAAUUUUAUACAGCACCUGAUACAAAUAGUCCUCCAUCCUUUUAAGGCCUGGACUUGUUAUCAUGGCAUGUGCGAUAAAUAAUAACAAUCUAAACUAGUUUGUAAAGCGCUUUAGAUAUUCUUGAUUAUUUCUAACCUGCUUCCAGCUGUGUAGAGCAAAACACCAUACGUUGUUGAUGAAAUAGACUCUGAUAGAUCCCAGAGUGAUUAGUCUGUGUUCUACAGCAGCUUAUGCCUGCACAAUAGUCUGUUACCCCAAAAUCUUAGCCCUGUUAAGAGUUAGACUAAGAGCUGCCAUUGUGAAGAGGUGGAGACAUGUAGGCAAGUGACACGCACCUGCUUUCUCCUCUGUUGUGCAUUAGUCAAACAGCUGGGUACAAGAGAAGACAUAGGCAGGAGAGGCACUUGUAGACCAGCCAGGCCCAAUUUUAAUAGGUGCUGAGCACCCUCAACUUUCAUUCCCUAUCAGAAACAGCAUUGUGCUUGCAGUCAAAACCUGUUACAUCUACAUGUAUACUAUAACACAAAACUGAAAAUGCAAGUGGCAUUCAUUUAUGCUCAACAUUAGACUCUCAUAUUCAACAGCCCCUACAAUGUUUUUAAAACUAGCUUGGUAUCUGUACUGCACUGAGCAGCACAGGUGAGCAGUGGGCACUUCUGGAAGGAAACCCCACAGGGGAAUAUAAUUUUCCUCUGCCCCCAGCUGCUGUCCUCCCUAUCAACCUUGUUUACUUCUGUUAGUCAGGCAGCAGCACAGUGGCAUUCUGCAGUGCUGGAUGAUUUGAAGGCUCAUUUUUGCUGCCUCCUCUGGGCUUUCUAUUGUGCAGAGGAGUAAAUUCUUGUCUGAAACAACUGCCUGGGAUUAGAACCUUGCGCUCUCUUGCAUUCUGAUCCUGAGAACGACAGUGCCUGACGCAAAGGGUGCAGUUGCACGUUACACUUAGACCAUACUAAGGGCAUUUAAAAUGAAACUAUUUACAUGUUAAAACCUGUUUAACUCUUGCGAAGUGCCCCAAAUUGAAUGAGGAGACCAAUUAAAAGGUCUGAAUCAACUCAUAGCUGUCUGAAUCAAUUCGGAAAAGAUUUGGAGAGCUUCAGCGAUUUGGGCAGUCUUCGUUCGCUGCCACAGGGAGCUGGACCUGGACGCCAUGCAGCUAAGUAGGGGGCGGGGGAGGGGAGGCUGGA